AUGGACGAUUCGUGUUUUAAACUCUCGACAGAGCAGCUGCAGAGCUUCCAGGAUCGAGGUUACCUAAUGGUCCGGGGGUUCUUCACCCCCAAAGAGUUGGCACAGUUGCAGCAAUGGGCAUCAGAGGUCCAUGAUUUUCCAUGUACCCCUGAUGUUCCUUGGAUGCCAUAUCAGGAAGUAAAUUCAUGGGGUCAACGUGUGCUCUGCCGCACGGAGAAUUUUGCCAACUCGCAUUCUGGACUCAAUGGUUUCCUCCGAGGGAAACGCGCGGCAAGCCUACUACAUCAGCUAGCAGGCGAAGAGAUGAUCCUUUUCAAGGAGAAGAUCAACUACAAGCUAGCAGGGAGUGGUGGUUUCGCCCCUCACAUCGACGCCAAUGCCUACACUCAUGUAAAGAACAUCAAGCAUUUGAUUAUUCUUGCCGCAGUCGACGAGAUGAGCGCCGCAAAUGGGGGUCUUGAAGUGGUUGACGGCAGUCACCAGAUCGAAAUUCCUCUCGGCGAAGAUCGGUGCAUUACCUCGGACUGGGUUGAGAGCAAUGUAUGGACACCCGCGGAACUGGAGUCAGGUGACUUGUUGGUCUUUGGUUCGUACCUGGCCCAUCGAAGUGGCGCCAAUGUCAGCCCAAAGGACCGACGCGCGAUCUAUGCAACAUACAACUGUGUUACCGAAGGAAACUUACACGAGCAGUACUAUUCAGACCGUCGCAAGGCUUGGCCUGCAACUCACAUGCGGAGAGAGGGUGAGAAAUAUGAAGAGGGCCGUGUGCGAUAUGCCUUCGGGUCGCCUAUGUUGACUGUGGACUCCAAGAUCACCUCCGCGGCUUGA